AGAGCAACGCGGAGAGUAUAAAUACGAGGCGGCUGCUCUGGAGAGCAGGAGGGGACCGGAGUGCCUGACUCCAGGGCACCGCAGAGGCAAGAAGCCAGCGCGCUGUCUGCCCGGAGAUGUCACUCCGGGCGCAGGCGAGCCCCGGCUGCGACUCUCCCCCUGCCAAGGCUUCCCGAGACGUCUUCAAUUACAUGGUGACCCCUGACCGCAUCCCGCAGUUCAUCAUCCCCUCGCUGGACAUCCAGGAAGGCCACAGGCUCUUCAGCAAGAGGAAGGCCCAGAGGAGCAGCUCAGACCCCACGGGGAAGACGGCUCAUGCUCUGCCCUGCCCCCUCCUAGCCUGCUCCAGCCUGGAGCUGGCUGUCAAGGUGGAGGAGAUUUCAGACCCCAUCGCCCGGGCAGCCCUAUCCCUGCCCCACUUGCCCAAGAUCACCACCCCGUAUGGCUUCAUCACCCUGGGGAAAAGCCCCCAGGUCACCAAUGAGGAGGCUUUGUUUUUCCACUUGGACUUUGCUUCUCCCAAGUGUCCUGGCGGGAAACCUCCUGCCCCUGAGAAGCCGGGAAGCCGAAGAGACCCCGAGAUGCCCACGGCCCCGACAGACGGUUGCUCUCAAGUGGCCGGCUGCUUACAAGACUGGCAGCAGCACCGUGCCCAGCAGACCAGCUGCAGAGGCAGCAACGGGAGCCAGGGCGCUGACCACCCAGCCAGGCCCCUCUUCCCACAAAGACGGUCCAGCCCCAUUAGAAGCAAAGAGGCCAUGGGUGUGUUGGGGAGCAGAGAGGCAGAGAGGCUGGAGGGUGAGAGGAAGUCCUUUGAGACGGUCUGUCAGAAGAGCACCUCCAGUCCCGAGCUCCGGGGCACAAAGCCCCAGAGAAACUCACUCCAAAGGAUCCUGAAGAAGUGCUUCGCCCAGCUCAAGCUUCUCAAGUCCAUGAAUUUCACCCUCCAUUGAUGCUGCAAAGCAGCUCCAGGGAAGGGGGCUUAUCAAAAGGUGGAGGCAGGGGGACGUUAUUCCAAAUGCGGUCAACUUCCACGUCAUGGCCAGGCCUCCGGACUCAAACGCAAGUGCAUUCAAGUGAUUGCUCCAUUCCAGUUUGCAACCGCUACAGUGAACUGGUCGGCAUGUGCGUGCCCACUGCUGCGCCUGCUGAGAGAUUAGAAAGGCUCAGCUGGGUGUCAAAGGCCACACGCGAACGAACCGUGCUGUGAAUGGUGUGGCCUCGUGUAGGGGGGAAUCUCACCUCUCCCCUUGGCGUUGCUCGGGCACAGUAUGGAAGACAGCAGCUCAGAAGCCCUGGGAGAAGCUGGUGUGUAUCGGGGGGCAGGCACCCUGCCUCCUUCACAUGCAUCUUUUCUCUUUGGUUGUCUGUCCUGACAUUUGUGUAUCAAUAAAAUAUUCGUUUCCA